AUGACACGGUUUCGUCCUUGUAUCGACUUGCACGCGGGCCAGGUCAAGCAGAUAGUCGGCGGCACCUUGACCACUGAGCCUGGAGAGCUAAAGACCAACUUUGUCUCCCAGCACUCCGCUGGCCACUUCGCAAAGCUAUACAGAAAUAGCGGGCUAACGGGUGGCCACGUCGUGAAACUGGGUCCGGGGAACGAUGAUGCUGCCCUUGAAGCACUGAAGGCAUGGCCUGACGGUCUACAUGUCGCUGGCGGGAUUACAGAUAAGAAUGCGCAGUACUGGUUGGAUGCUGGAGCCGAAAAAGUGGUUGUUACGUCUUACCUAUUUCCAGAAGCGCGGUUCUCAAUCGACAGGCUACGGUCGAUUCUUGCGGCGAUUGGCGACGACAAGUCAAGGCUGGUUUUGGACUUGAGUUGCCGAAAACGGGGGAACACCUGGUUUGUCGCCAUGGACAGGUGGCAGACAAUUACUGACAUGGAGAUAACCCAAGAAUCCAUCCAGAUGCUCGAGCCGUACUGUUCUGAGUUCCUCAUCCACGCAGCCGACGUCGAGGGGCUGCAGCAGGGUAUUGACGAGGAGCUGGUGUCGAGGCUCGCGGAGUGGUGCAGCAUUCCGGUUACGUAUGCUGGCGGUGGACGAGGGCUAUCAGACCUUGAGCGGGUCAAGGAAAGCAGCGGAGGGAAGGUCGAUCUCACGAUUGGGAGCGCCCUGGAUAUCUUUGGGGGUUCUGGUGUCACUUUCGAGCAGUGUAUAGAGUGGAACAGGACGAGCGAGGCCUGA